CAAAACUUUGGCCGUCGUGAACAGAGCAACUUUUAAUAUCGUAUCGCAAGUCAAAUCAGAGAGUCAUUUCAGAGAGCUUUACCCCAAGCAGCAGCAACAACCGCAACAACAAAAUAAUCAAACUUAAAACUGUGCAAAUUUUCGGAAAUUUGUGAAAUUGUUUAAAUUUGUGUUGGAUGUCUGAGUACACUGUGCAUAGAAAAACCCAUUCAUUCAAUUAAAGAUAUAUUCUUAAUGGCAUCACAAGCUGUACUUCCGUAUAAAGAUUUUUUAUUCAUAGAACACUAAGUUCUUAAAAACCCAAUUGAAGUGACAAGUGUCAAGGAAAAAACAAAGAAUUAUUUGCGAGAGACGCAAUUAAUCAAAAAACUACAUUAUCAAUUCAAAAAGUAUCUGAGAUAGCAGUUAUAUCUAGAUACAAUAAACAAAUCAACUAAAACCAAUACAGUGCAUAUUCAAUAACGUGAACUACUAAUCUUAUCGGUUAACUGCCCCAAUAUUAUGUUCGUCGACUCUUCUAUUGCUGUACCAAGAACAACAAUAACAACAACAAGUAGAGCGCGUGUCGCCUACGAGAGAGACAUUGACAACAAGCGCAGCAUCAACGUCAUGCAACAUUCGCCUGCCGUUGUCUUCAUGUGUGUGCAACAUUCGCAGCAGCAAGUUCCCAUGCUUAACAAUUUCAUGUGUAUGCGUAUGCGUGGCUGGCAUUAUAAUUAUCAUUACAACAAUUGUCUACAAUCGAUUAAGGGCACCUUGUCCACCAAGACUCUCCUAAAGCGCUCCAAGAACUUGCGAAAGAAGCGCGGCUCAAAGAUUCGCGGCAAUUUUUAUUGUAGUGGUUUUCGUUUUUGAGGCAACACACCGGACACACAUAAAGAAUUCAAAAUCUCAAUUCACAUAAAAAGGAAAUUUGUUUAAGCGGGACUUGCUUGCCACACGCGGCGGCAUUAAAAUGAGUGUCUAAAAGGAAGUUGUGUCGACGACUCUUUUAGAACUUGUUUAAAGUUCCCUAACAAUUUCAUUGUUCCUCUCCAACGGUCAAUUAAAACCACGUUCAAAAUGGCAUUCACUGUCGAAGUCUCAGCCAGCCAAAAUAGGGCCAAGAGCGAAUCAGACAACAGCAACCAUCACAACAACCACAACACCGAGAACAUCAGCUACGGUCAGCUCAGCAACACCGAUUAUUUUAACGGCAUCAACUCAAGCAGCAACCAGACGGAGUGCCGAAAAUCCCAGAGAUAUAAUAUUGAUGAUCCAGGAGCCAGCACGGGCACAGGCAACAACAUACGAGGCACAGCAGAGCAACGUCGCAACUACUGGCGAGAGAAUCUACUCGUCCAACUGCAACUGCUCGCAGAAGAGAACAAAGCAAACAGUGCCUACGACGGAUUCGCCUAUGUUGACGUUAACGACGAAAACGACAACCAUACCGAUCGUAAUAAACACGCUACCCAAUCCAAGAAUUAUAUUGAUCAAGGUGCCCACGCAGAACAGCAGCAACACAGACAACAGCAAGAGCGACAGGACAGAGCCGAGCGCGCCUCGAACUCGUCUUAUCAGAAUACCCUUUUUACCAGGGUCGGUACCAGCCACGGCUUCAGUGAAACGUGCUUUGCCUACGGCGAGCUCUUCAGUAAACUUUACAACUUCGGCGACAGCAUCCCGUAUCGUGAAAGACGCCAUCAAAUCGACUGGGACAAUAUACCCACAAGAACAGUGCUCGAACAGCUCCAACUCUCAAUUAAAUCGAGUCAACCAGAACGACCCGACCACAACAUCGACAACGGUGACCCAAACGGUCCAGGUUUCGAGCACGCCCCAGACUUUGGCGUCAAUGGCUGGUAUACAGCUGACAGGUGCAGACAUGCAGUCCCCCCAGGAUAUGAGUGGAGCAAUGCCUACUGCUACAGUUGAAGAGAUUGAUGUUCCGGUGUUCAUUGAUGAAUACCUGCAAAAUAUAGAAGCAAGUUUGUCAACGAGCAGCAACAACAAGAGUGAGGAGAUUGGAACAGAGAUUUUAACCGAGACGGAUAAAUUUGACUUUGACUUUGAUAUAAACUUGAUUGCCGAGGAUCUCAUUGAAUGCAAGGAAAUGGAUCAGUGCAAUCUGGGCAUGGAUAGAAAUAACAGCGACUACUACAACUGCGACUUAAUUAAUAUGGAUACAACUGACUUUCAACAAUUCGAGGACGGCGAGGAGUUGGCACUUGAUAUGAACUCAAUGUGCAAAGGCAUCGACAUCAAUAGCAAUCUGCGCGAGGAUUUUAGCCUGGAAAACAUACUGACGAAUUCGGAAAAUCCAAUGCUUGCUAACUUUUCACAGGGAUCCAUCUCAAAUAGCCAGGUUACCAAAGAAUUCACAGAGCUCCCCAUGCUGGCCAAUGAGAACAGCAUGGAGAACAGCUCCUACGGCUUCAGUCAGCCUUUGUUUGGCUCUGGCCAUCUGGAUGGAGUCAACGAAGAUGUUUGCCAUUUGGUCGCUAUGCCCGACGGCAUGCCCACUCUGGGUGUCAAGCGCACAGCUUCUGCAGCCACUAUAUCCGUAGCCGAGUCAAUGCCACAAAAACGCAUCAAACUCGGACUUAACAUUAACAAAUCACAAAUCAGUCAUUCAGAUGUCAUCAACACGCCCACCAUCAUCGAGCAGAUGCUCAACUUUGAUGAACUUAAUUUUGCCAACACCACCUCCACCCGGGAUGAAAUCUAUGAAGAUCUGCGCAACACUGAGGAUAUCAGCUCCAUCACCAUUCUACCAGAUUAUUGCACAGCGCCAAAUACGCCCAACAGCACAUAUUCAGUCGGCAUCGCCCGAUCGCCUGAGCCAACGUGCCAGCUUGGAUUUGGCGGCUUCAUCACUGCACCUGUUUCACCCGCCUUCUCCACUGCCAGCACAUCUCAGUUCAGCGUCACAACAUCCACCACUGAUAAGUCCAAACGCAAGCGUGGACGGCCAGCCAAGGAGCACGCUGAUGGCCCCGAUCCGGAGCUGAUGUCGAGAAUGACACAUGAAGAAGCGAAAUUGUACCUGGAUCGCCUUAAGAAUAAUGAGGCUAGCCGUGUCUCGCGCAAGAAGACCAAGAAGCGUGAGGAGGAGGAAGUUAAGGACGAGGAUGCCCUUAUCGCGAAGAAUCAUGAACUGCGCGAACAGCUGCAGCGUCUGAAGCAUCGAUCACAGAAGAUAGUAGAUUUCCUGAAUCAGAAUCAUCAUAAGAGAAGCACAUACAUCAAGCCCGAGCCGGGGCAUUGAAAUUCUCGUAGCCAUGCCAUAGUCAAUAAAUCCUGUGCCUCUUGCCGAUCGCAUAUUGUGACGGAGAUUGCUUGUUGUAAGAUUAGUGUUUAUCCAAUGUUAAGGUAGUCGUUGAACAAGUCGCUGUAAUGUGUGGCCACCACUCAAGGAGCCACAAAAAAAAAAAAAAAGAAAAAAAAAACAUCAAUGUUAAACAAAAAUUGAUGAAUACAAUAUUUUUAUAUCAUCUAAGUGCAUAUGCAUGAUUUGAAAGCGCCACAUAAAAAGCGCACGAUUUUUAAAUUUUUUUAUUCGUAUUUCUAUUAUGUUUGCAAUUGUCAAAUUUUAAUUACAUGUUUUUAUACUUAUGUUUUACAUAUUUAAUAAUUGUAAUCAACAUCAAAACGUAUCUUCAAGCUCAUUAGAAGCAAAAAAAGAAAGAUAAAUACAAAAAAACAACAAAAAAAUGAAGUAGCGAUUAAUUACAAUUAUAUAUAAAAAUAUUCUUUUAUCGCAAAAAUACAAAAAUUGUUACAAACAAAAAAAAUUUAAAUAUUGUUCAAGCUAUGCAUAAAUGUAUUCCACGUAUAUUUUAGAAUUAUUAUAAAAACUGAAUCGUUUGAAUAAAGUGCAUGUCCUUAAGGACAUGUCGAAAUCAA